AUGAAUGGAGGACCAGAACCAUAUUUACCAAUAGAUAAAAAAGAAUUACCGAAUAAUUCAAACAAUUCAUACUCUAGAAGAAUAGAUCAUAUUGGUUUAGAUUUACCUCAUUAUGAAAAUGAAGAUGAUGAACCAGUAAUUUAUGAAGUUAAUGACGAACCGUCAUUUCAUUUAACUAGAGCUUUAUUUGUCGGAAAUUUAAGAAAACCAAUCAAUGCAGGACAAAUCCAAAUUUAUUUAAAAGAAUUACUCAAAUCAAGUGAGGUAAAUGCACAUAUUGAAAGAUGUUGGUUAAAUAAACCAAGAAGUCAUGCUAUAAUCUUAGUCAAUAAUGAAACCGGUGCUGAGUUUUUAAGAUCUCAAUUGUUAAAUAGUAUUUAUCCUACUGAGGAAGAAGAUGCUGUCUUGAAAGAAGAAUUUCAAAACAAGGAAAUAGAAAGAUAUGAAGAAGAGUUAAAACACUAUGAAAAUUUAAGUGCUGAAGAGAAGGAGUCAAUUGAAUCACCAGUUGAGCCUCGAGAAUAUAACGUGGAAAGAUUACCAUUAUAUGUCGAAUAUAUCCCGGUUAAGGCAAUUAAUCAAUGGACUUAUGAAGAAGAUAGAGGUCCACGCAAUGGUAAAUGGAAAUUAGAAUUUGAAAAUAGAAGUGGUGAUGAUGAGGAUAAAGAUAUGGUAGUUAGUCAUACGUUAUUAAAUGGGGGAUAUAUACCAAAAUAUGAACCUAGAAAUAACUAUAACAAUUAUAAUAACUAUAAUAAUUAUAAUCGAUCAAGGUAUCCUACUUAUGAUAAUAGGAGAUAUGGGGGUAAUAGAGGUGAUGGAUAUCAAAGAGGUGGUGGUGGGAGGACUGAUUCUUAUGUGCCUGGUAGAUCCAUGCAAAGAGAUUCUUAUGUUCCUAGAAGUACUAAUAGUAAAACUGAUUCUUAUAUACCUGAUCAAUCUGGUAGAAGAUCAAGAUCUCCUUCUAGAUCACCGCAAAGAUUUUGA